CGGGGCCAAGAUGUGAUCUACAUCAGCCUCACAGAUGAAACGUCUCCCUUUCUCUCCCCACUCUUCCUUCCCUCUCUCCCUCUCUUUCAUUAUCUCUCUGUCACUCACUCACUCACUCACUCACUCACUCACUCACUCACUCUAGACGUCCGUGCUGCCAGGGAGCAGAUGCACAUUGGAGGAGUGGCCUAUCCCACGCUGCCCCUGCAGGACAUCCCAGCCCGCGUCCCCUCCUCUUUCGGCCAGCACUCGGCUGCCUGCUCCCCCACGGGCUCCUACGUUGGUUCCCUGCCCCCCCCAGGGCUGGUGCCCUCCCAGCCCCACAGCAGUUACUACAGCAUGCCUGCCCCCCAGCACCCCUUCUACACCCGGGUGAGACGUCAACACAACACAGCAGCAGACAGGCAAAUGACUGCGCCUGAACCUAGCGCAGUACACAUUCAUUUAGUAUACAGUAGAGUAGCCAAAGUUUGUUCAACGUACUUCAGGAUACUGUACCUUUAGUAUGAAGAGAAUCCCAGUGCAGUUGAACCUACCUCAGUUUACCUUCGCAUACACACAGGACUUAAGUGAUGGUUACUUACCUCUGUUUGUUCAUGUGACUGCACAGCUACCUCAGUGCACUGACCUCACAAGACAGGGCUGUUUACUCACUUAACCUAAUUUUAAAUGUGACAGUGCCAACCUCAACUCUAAAAAAGGAUUCUUCACAGUUCUGGGGUUACUGCAGAAAUACACUGAGUGUACCAAACAUUAGGAACACCUUCCUAAUAUUGAGUUGCACACAAACCGGUGUGCCUGGCAUCCCUGUAGCUCAGUUGGUAGAGCAUGGUGCUUGCAACGCCAGGGUUGUGGGUUCGUUUCCCACAGGGGGCCAGUAUGACAAUGUAUGCACUCACUAACUGUAAGUCGCUCUGGAUAAGAGCGUCUGCUAAGUGACUAAAAUGUUUUUUUAAAUGAUCAUAGCUUCCACCUAGAUUCACCUGGACAGUCGGUCAUGGAAAGAGCAGGUGUUCCUGAUGUUUUAUACACUCAGUGCAUGCAUAUGAAUGGUCCCUCAUACAAUCCCCAUGUUUUAACCAUUCUCCAUAUUCAUCCUUUCUCUCUCCCUGGUUUCCAUAUAGCCUUAUUUCCCCCAUCAUGUGUAUCACCAACCCCGGCAUCAAUACAGCUCCCAUCAUCACCCUACCCUGACCCAGUCACGCCCCUCCUUUAAAGCAGGCUACCCAAGGGACCCCAAUGGGCUUGUAAGUACAGAGUUGCCUGUCAGUAGUACACCUAGCACUAGUAGCUAG